AGAAAGAAAGAGACCUCUGAACGCUUGUUCUCCACUUCCAUGACCUGAUAUGACAGAGAGAGCUGGUCUGAAACACUUCUCAGCAUGGACCACCAAGCCCAGAUUUUGAGGGACUUCCUGGCCUUGGUUGCCAGCAAGGAAGAGGAGGAUGAAGAGGCUGAGAAUGGUUUUGCCGGAGAGUUCUUGAAACUCAAGAGACAGUCUACAAAGUACCGCACAGAUAAGACCUACCCCACAAAGGCUGCAGAGAAACAAGAGAACGUGAAGAAAAACCGAUACAAAGACAUUGUCCCCUUUGACCACAGCAGAGUGAAGCUUUCUCUCAACACCUCCAAAAAUGACAGUGACUACAUCAAUGCAAGCUUCAUUAAGGGGGUGUCAGAUCCUAGAGCAUACAUUGCCACCCAGGGGCCGCUGCCCAACACUGUGCUGGAUUUCUGGAGGAUGGUUUGGGAAUAUGAAGUGGAGGUAAUUGUGAUGGCUUGCAGAGAAUUUGAGAUGGGAAGAAAAAAAUGUGAGCGCUACUGGCCACAGUCAGUAGAAGAUGUGUUUGUGUGUGAGCCGUUUACCAUAUGCUGUCAAACAGAGGAGAGCAAGGGCGAUUACAUAAGAAGGACAUUAAAGGUGACCUUUCAGAGGACCUGUCGCACAGUGAAACAACUGCACUAUGUGAACUGGCCGGAUCAUGGUAUUCCCAACUCCAUCCCUCCCAUUCUGGAAAUGUUGCAAGACAUGCGUGUGUACCAGGAUCAUGAACGCGUGCCCAUCUGCAUCCACUGCAGUGCUGGCUGUGGCCGGACAGGAGUCUUGUGUGCCAUUGACUACACCUGGAGCCUACUGAAGAGACUGAUGAUACCAGAGAAUUUCAGCAUCUUUAACCUUGUCCAGGAAAUGCGUACACAAAGGCCCUCAGUGGUUCAAACUAAGGAGCAAUAUGAGCUGGUGUACAGGGCCAUUAAGUUCCUAUUUGAGAGGUAUCUACAGAUGUUGGAGCCUAGCUUGAAUAAGGAAAAGGUCAUGGAUGCUACCUCACCAGUUUUGUCUAGUGCUAGUGACAGUGAUCUCUCAGACCUCAGUGAACCAGAGCCAGAACCACAACCAGAGCAGGAACCAGAACCAGAACCAGAGCCAGAAUCACUACCAAAACCAGAACCAGAACCUGAGCCAGUGGUCAUGUUGAAACCCCAGCCUGCACAGAGGUGUUCGUUGCGGCAAGCUCCUGCAAAUGCAGCCAAUCAUGGCAUACAGAAGAACACCAUUCAGCGUCCACCUCACUCGCCGCCUCCGGCUCCAGUGACCCCUGUGCCCAGGAAACCUGAGGAUAUCCCCCAAACCAUACCAGGAUGGCCUGUGACAACGAUGCCACCAGAGACACACACCAUGGCAACACAAGACAAGGUUGGCCCUCUGGUGCUUCAGAGGACAUUGUCUGGUCCAAGUAACACCGCUGGCCUGCCUGACAGCUCCAGAUCCAGAGACACCGCAGCAUCUCCACAGGAGUCCGAGUUCACACAGGGCCUUCAGGAGUCCACAGAGACAAAGAAGAUCGUUCCCUCGAUUCGGGUUCACCCCGUAGUCACAAACUCUAUCUGUCUCUCUGUUGAGGACCCUUACUUUGGCCUUGAGUCACCGACUAAAGAAUCCUUCUCUUUGAAGGAAGAGGUAGCGCCCCUGAGUGGCCUGAUAGAGAGCCUCUGUCACAGUGGCCUCACAAUAACCAUUGAUGACCAGGCUCUGCUGCCACCAACACUUGACAACAAUGCCACAGGUCUGAUGAAACCUCAUAAUGAACCUGAAGUCUUUAGCCCGGCUUUCAGCUGUGUGAAAGUUAGCCAAAUGUUUGAAAUACCGCACUGCCUUUACAUGGCCACGCCCUCUUUGAUGACUGUCUCCGAGGUGGACAACUAG